AUGCCUUUCAUGAACUCCAAGGGUGCGACGACGCUCGGCCACACUUUCCGAAACUUUGACCAAACUAUCAUCACCGUCAAAGUUGGUGGAAAGGAACAUUCCGAGUCUUUCAGCUGCCAUCGCGAACUUUUGAGGAGAUGCUCGACAUACUUCAACACAUGCUUAGAAGAGAAGAGCAACUCGCCUUACAACUCCUCUAGUUCAACGCUUGAGCUAGAGGAUACUAGUCCAGACGUCUUCGAUGCAUUUAUGCUCUGGCUUUACACAGGGUUUAUCCCGCAUCACUUGAUCGAAGGCGGCAAGGAAGUUCACCCUCCAACACACGCUAUUAGUGUCAAUGGAAGCGACAACACCAGUGCUCCACCUACAGAACAAGGCGAAGGCGAUGAUGUAGAUACUGCUUCAUGGGGCAUCGCUCUAGAUGACGAAACACCUGCAGAUGGCGCAUCAGCACCCGCCGAAGCAACGAACAGCCCAACAACAACCAGUGCAGAGAAGGUACAGGGGGAAGUUGAGGCUGAAAAGCCUCCGGUAGUACUGCCCCCUCGCAACCCCGCAGAGAAGCCCGAGAUACCCAAGGAGACACUAUGCCCAUGCUGUUCACGACCCUACAAAUGGAGGAGUUUGGAAGGAUUCCUCGAGCGCCGUUUCAUAUCGCUCUAUGUUUUCGCGCACAAAUACUCGAUUCCCAAACUAAGCCGCGCUGUCAUUCUCGCAUGGCAAACAAACGACGAGAUUCUGCAAGUCAUGCCCGACCACAGCAAUGUCAUUGCCGCAUACGAGAGUCUCCCUCCAGACGCACCGCUUUGCAGGUACUUUCUCGACAUGUACUCCGUGUACUGGAACCCCGAUCGCGAUGAUGAGCGUACCAUCCCUCUGCGAAGCCACCUGCCACAAGCUUUCCUAUUCGAGCUAGUCACCAUGCUAGCAAGAGGCGAGCGGCCAAAGAUGGAAAAGGAAUGGUGCGAGUUCCACGAGCACGAGAGCGAAGAAGAGAAGAAGGCCUGCCUGGAUGAUUUGGCCAAAGAUCCUAUCGCGAGCAAGGCGCUCCGACGCAUCAAGGAUAGCAAGGGUUGGAAGGGCCUAGUGCUCAAGAAGGGCAAGAGGUGA